AUGUGUUGUAUUGGGAUUAAAGCUAAUGUUGCCACUAUGUUGAGUCUUUUGUGCGCAGCUGGUGAUGUGGGGGACUUUGUUUUGGGGAAGUCUCUUCAUGGUUACUGUAUCAAAAUUGGAUUCGGUUAUAAUUUAAAUGUUGUUACUGCAUUGGUUGAUAUGUACGCAAAAAUGGGCAAUAUCUAUUUGGCACGAGAAGUUUUUGAUAGUCUUGUGGAAAAGGAUGUUGUUUUAUGGAACUGUUUGAUAAGAAUUCAUGCAAGGAAUUGCCUGGUUGAAGAAGAAGUGGCAUUACUACAGAAAAUGAGCUAUGAAGGAGUGAGACCUAACUCUUCUACUUUCGUUGGGCUGCUUUCGGUGUACCCUGCAUCCGGAUCUAUGCAUGGAGUUAAAUAUGUUGCUAGUUUGAUUGAAGAGGAGAAACUAGAACUGGAUGUGGUUCUUUGGAGUGAUGUGGUUCGAGGGAGGUCGCAGGAUGGCGCUGGAAGCAGGUUGAAGGGUGCAAAAGUUCUGGUAUGGAGGUUUUUUCAGUUUGGUUAUCAAUUCGGUUGGGUUCUCUUUGCCUGUUAUGGUGAAGCCAAGUCCGUAGCAGUGAGUGAAGAGCAAACAGGUUGCCUUGGUUCUGAAAAAGGGAGGUUUGGUAAUUGCGGUUUGAAUUUCGUUAGGGAUUGUUUCGAGAAUUGGUUUCGGUUAGUGAAUGAAUUGUUGCUGGCCUGCUAUGCAAUGCUAACUUGUGGUUUGAAUUGGCAGGUUGACUCGGCGAUGCGUGGACUAAACAAAAUCUUGCAAGCUAAUGACAUCAAUGUUGAACUUGGAAGCAUCAUAAUGGAAAAGAUUCAAGGACCAAUUAAACCUCAGGAUUUAGGAUUAGGAUUUGGAUAA